UGGUGGAGAAGCGGAGCGACACCUGCCACGGCCACGAGUGGGGCCACGUCUCCUGACCGCCGACGACGCGAGACUCUGCUUGCCGCUCCGCCGCGAACGAGCGCACCCCCGCCAGUUCUGACGGGACGCACAGUCCAAAGGCCCUCUGACUCAAACGUGGCGGUCUAGACCAGAAGCCGAACAUGGACCCGGUGUUGCCAGUGGGUCCCGUAACCCGGAUGGGUCUCCGAACCUCGGCGGAGGGGAGCCUCACCGUCCUCUUGCUGGCCACCGGGAUGCUGGUUUCCAUGGCGACAUCCAGUUCGCCCGUUGGAGGUGGGCCAGACUGGAACGGAAGCGCAGCGUCAUUCUCGCCACCUUUACCUUCGUCACUUCCCUUCCCGCCCAGGCCGGCUGCGGCCGGCCCACAGUCAGGUUACCGUGGUAACCCCGGCGGUUUAUCUGAGGAUUCCGGCGCUCAGGGGAUUCACCUGCUCCUCAGACCCCCGGACCUGCUCUCUCCCAGCCUGACUCCGCCGCUCCGAGCGAGCCCCGCCCCCCUGACGCCUUGGGAGCAGAGCAACUCCCUGGAGGAUGCGUGGGCUUCGGGAGACUACCUGGAAACGCUCUCCUUCGUGCUCCCCGACGGCGAGGACCUCGCCCCGGCCACCCCUCUUCCCAGCCGCCCCUACGACGACGACGACGACGACGACGACUGGGCGCUCUCUUACGAGGGCGUCUUACCUCGUCGCCCCACCCCGCCGCUGUACUCCCACCUUCUCUUUUCGCCCUCCCGCACCACUCCCGGCGUGCCCCCGCCCACCCGUCACGCCCGUCCGGGCGUCUUCCCCGCCUGGGACGACGACUACGACCCCGAGGACUUGGCUCCGCUCCAGCCGACGGAACUCCUGCUCCCGGACAUGAACAGUUUGGAAUACUAUACCAACCUUUUGGCAAAGGAACACGCCCGUCCCAACUCGGGCGAGAAGCACAGGGUCCGCUUUUCUCACCCCUCCGCCCCCCCAACAGAGACCCACAACCGAAGCCAAGGUCGGCCUCCCUCCGUGGCGGAGGGGGAGCAGACCUCUGAGGCAUCUCCGAGUUCUGCGCCCCCCCCGCCACGGAGGGAACCCGAGCGUCCCCUUGCAGACCCCACCCGGUGGCUGACCCUCGCACCCUCCCCCGCCAGUCCGACGGCCGGUCCUUCUGCCCCAGAAGAAAAAGACUCCUUCGGGCCCAGCCGACCCCCUCCCGGUUCCGACGCGACCGCUCAGGUGCUUCAGCCUCCCCCGCCGGGACCGCCCACGCCGCCAGAGGCCACUCAUGGUCCGGGGAAGUCCACCACCCACGGGACAGCCAUCAGUUUGACCAGAGCUCCUCCAGUGACCACGCCCAGGACGGCCCAGACCCCCCCCGGUAAACAGUACCUGUGCAACGUCACCAAGCCCGAGUUGUACCUGGUCAGAGUAGGUGGCGCCAGAGGCUCCGUAGCUGGCUUCAGUCAGCUCCGGGAUCUCUUGAGGAGGGAGUUUAACCGAUCUGUCGAGCUUCAGUUCCUGAGGACCCCGUCCAGUUUUGCCUUCCGCGUGGUAUCCGGGCCGUUGAUCUACACGGCCGUAUCGGUCAUCAACGCCCUCCGCCGACCUUCGCCGCUCUCGGGCACGAUUCCCGCCGUGUCCGCCCUCUACACCGUACCUGACGUCAGGUACCAAGUCCACACGGUGCUGCUGUUUGUUCCCGCCCACGUCGACGUCAGAGUUUGUAACUUUAGCGAGCGCGCGGAGAGCGGCCUCGCGACGGCAUACGGCGAAGCCCGGCGGCGCUCUUUGGAGUCGGGCGCUGUCAGCGUUCAGCUGCUGAACAUUACGCUCAACUCGGGGAGACCGUCGGGUCAGCGGAAGCUUCCCGUCGACAUCGUGUUCGCGGUCCGGGACGGGCGAGGCUACCUGCCGGGAUACGAGGUCAGCCAGCACCUGAGAAAGCUCAGCCUGGUGGAGUUCAGUUUCUACGUCGGGUUUCCUGCCCUGCAGAUCGCUGAACCUUUUCACUAUCCCGAGCUGAAUACCUCCCAUCACCUGAGAUCCACGUGGGUUCGCACAGUCUUGCUCGGCGUUCCGGACGAGCUCCUUUCCGAACGAAGUUUCAAGGCUCUCGUGGAGCGACGCCUGGCCUCGCUACUGGAGGAGGGAUUGGGAGCGUCCGGCAGGAGGCGCUGGAGGAGAGCCACCGCCGCGGCCGACGGUAGUCUGCAGGUGGUUCGGGUGGCCAGGUUGUCCGGGCCGAAGCGCCCCCUAGAGGUAUUGUAUUUCGUCGAGGGUCCGGGAGGCGCCCGGGUCCCCGCGGAGGAGACUGCAGAAACACUGAACCGCUUGGACCUCCAGAGAGCUGCCAUUGUCCUGGGACACCAGGUCCGGCGACCGCUGGCCCAAGCGGUGGAGACCGUGUCCGUCCCGCCAUCUGAGACCCAAAGCAGUAGUAUUUGGCUAAUUGUCGGCGUGAUCGUGCCGGUCGUGCUGGCCCUCUUCAUCGUCAUCCUCCUCUACUGGAAGCUCUGCGGCUCUGAGAAAUUGGAGUUUCAACCGGAUGCCAUCAACACGAUCCAGCAGAGACAGAAGCUUCAGGCCUCCAGCGUGAAAGGCUUCGACUUUGCCAAACUUCACCUGGGCCAACACAGUAAAGACGACAUCAUGGUGAUCCAGGAACCGGGACCGCCGCCGACCCCCGCAAAGGAGGCCACACCCUCUGACGGGGGUGACCUCAACACCCCCAAAUCCAAAGGCUCGGUCACGAAAACCGGCAGAGCGGCGCGCCGUCGUGGCAGGACCAGCCAAUCGGAUGCCGACUCCCUGGGUAGCGACCAAUCGAGCGCCAGAGAGUCCGCCGAGGAGAGCGCUCGUUGUGCGGCGGCUACGCCCGUGGAGGGCAGGGAGCAGAGGAAGACGUCCACAAAUGCUCCGUCGGUCGGAGACGAGCUCGCGUCGUCGUCUUCCAUCUUUGACCACGUGGACCGUCUUUCCCGCGGCUCGUCGGAGGCUUUGCGGCGGCAGGCCGGCAAAGUUCAGCUCGUCGCCAUGCGGCCCCGGCCCGGCACGCCGGCGCAGCCCGGCCCGUCCUUCUCGCAGAAAGUCAGCACGGAGGUGGCGCUGCGUCACAAGUCUGAGAUGGAGCAGCGAAGGAACAAACUGCGACAGCGCGCCAAGCGGCGAGGACAGUGCGAGUUCCCGUCCAUGGACGACAUCAUGGACGCUUUCGGAGAUGGCCCGGUACAGACCCAAGUGGCUCAGCGUCUCUACGGCUCAGCUCACGACCACACGGACUACGCGGACUGCGUCCCGCGGGCCGAGACCCCGUCGGCCCCGACGCCGGCCGACGAGCGGCGGAGAGGGAGGCGCUCUCCCCUUCGGCGGCGGGCUCCACCGGGACCCGAAAGUCUUCCCGAUACGGACCAGGAUCGUUUGCUGAUGGACCAGGCCGCCACUUUUCGAAAGUACCCGGGACUCAACAACGUGGCCUACACGUCGGACCCGGACCCGGACCUGACGCCAGACCGCAGGAGCCCGUCCCCCGCUGACGAGGUGUUCGACGCCGCCUCGGCCCCGGCGCCGCCCCCGUACGUGCCGCCCCAACCUUCAAUCGAGGAGGCCCGACAGCAGAUGCGCUCGCUCCUGGACGACGCCUUCGCUCUGGUGUCCCCGACGGCGCAAGGCGCGAGUCCCGCCCUCCCGGGACCCCUCGGGAGACAGUGGGGGUCCUACCCGGCGGGGCCCUCCCACAGCCCCCUCUCGGCCAGGUAUGCCGAGCUGGGGGUUUCUCCGACCUCUGGCCUUGGAGUUCAAGGUCAUCUGCAGAGACAGAGUUCUGGAGGCUUCAUUUGCGGUGGAGAGCAGCUGCAAGAUCACCUGUACUCCAGCAGGGGGCAUUACAAAAAGUUGCCCUCCUCCUCCUCCAGACCCCGACCUGUAGGGGGCAGUGCAGGUGUGCAGCUCCAGCAUCUGACCCAAGUGGGUCUGUCCAGCCAGAUGGGGGCGUACCCCGCGGUGGGUCGCAGCGCCUCGGGCCCGAGCGGCUCCUGCUGGAACCAGGACCUGACUGGACCCGUGGCUAGCAGAGAGAGCGCGCUGUCGUUCGCGGAGUUCUCGUCUUCGUCGGUUUUCCAAUUGCCGAGCUCUUCGCUCCGGGACCCGUCCGCACCGCCUCUUCUCUUGACCUCCCCGACUCCCGAGUACCUGCCCGAGGACGCCUCGCCGUCCGCCCACAGCUCGGCCUCCCUGAUCAAGGCCAUCAGAGAGGAACUUCGACGCCUGGCCCAGAAGCAGGCCGUGACCAGCUACCCUUAGAGCGCUCGGCGUCCGGAUCCCGACUCGGCUGGCGGGAAUAGCCACGCUUUGGGCCCCGCCCUAACUCGAUACCGAGACCAAUCCCCCAAACCGUCUCAGUGACCUCCGGAUAUUUACAGGGUUACGUCUGUCUUGCCAUCGUCAGGCUCCAGUUGGACUGUGGUUGCUGGCGCUGAAAUGUUGUCAUCUUUUCGAGAGGCGAAGGACCGCACGCCCUCGGGACCGGAGUCCAUCCUCCCGUCUUCCCACGAUCGGGUCCCUCCCUCCUGGUCGUCAAGUGUGGACGUCCCUCCCGAGACGUGAAGUCAUCGUGAAUUUCUUGAGCAAUGCGUGCAGGCCGGACGGUCCCGGCGACCUUUGCGAUGUGCGUCUGGACCUCCGGCGCUGAGUGUCGGUCUGUCAUCAUUUAGCACACGCUUGCCUUGAGACCGCGUGUCCGUCUUAAAACCGUCAAUGAGGCCUUUGGACUGGAGGUGCUUUCCAGUGUUGAAAUGUUCUCGCGUAAAGAAAUCCUAAUGAGCACAAUAUGAAUGCAGCGGGAGCUUCUGACAUGUUUCUCAUCAUUGCUUAUAAUUGCCGAUUAUUUAUCAGAGCCGGCGGGGAACAAGUCACACAUGUGCAAGUCCAAAGUUUGUCCUGGGGAAAGUCAAGUCAGGCAAGCUGAAGCGCAAAAUCUGCCCGGUGUUGAGAAAAGAAGGCAAAACUUGUCUGUAUCUAGAACACCCGGUCCCGUCUGAAGUCAAGUCCGAGUAAGACUUUCCACGUGUUUAUGUCGAGUCAGACGCGAUGAAAGCUGUGAAUUGCGUCGUCCGGAGUCCAAGCGGCAGUGACUCCAGUCCCAUUUCUGGUAUCUUAAUAUCGAGCUCGGUGUAUUUGCAGGUCAAUGUUUUUAUGUUUAACAAAAAAAGAGCGAGCGAGCGAGCGGGCGGGCUACUGUUGUGAAGUCGUACUUGUGCUGUAGAUUUCGGCUGCCGUAUAAAUGUUAGCUGCACGCUGUUCUAUUGAGGGGGGGGGGGGAACUUAGCGCUAAUUGCUCGCUUUCACGUCGGCUCAGCCCAGCGGAACCAGUCCGCACGACAAACCGCCUCCGCUUCGAAACCCAAACUUAGGACAAAUGGAAAGUGACCCAAACGCAACGUCGAGUACAAGUCAAGCAAUUGUGGCGGUGCGCGAAUAGCGACUGGUUCUCUCGGCUGAUUGGUUGAUUGUCGCUCCAGUGUUGUGAUGACAUCAUGAUUUCUCUUUGCCAGUAGACGUCUGUCGGCCAUUUUUCAGCAUGUCUCUUAUUUUUGAGGCUUUCGAUUGAUGUUAGCAUGUCGCUAAUGUUAGCAUGUUGCUCAGCACACCAAAUUGAAAAUUAGCUUCCAGAGAGUAUUUUUAAAUGGAAAAAGAAAAAAAAACCCCAAACUUAGGGUUCAUUUGAUGUUGAAGAGGAAACCAUAUUUAUAUAUAUAUAUAUAUAUAUAUCUAUAUAGACUGUACAUCCAAAGUAUCUAAGAGCUGCCCAAAAUGACUCUCUGAUUGGACUCUUGAGCUGCCAGUCAAGUUGGGGGCGGGGCCAGUCCAUCACGGUGCUACAAUUUUGCGUGAGAAGCGGCAGACGUGUUGCGUUUUCUUUCACGCCCACGGACACGAUCACGACAUUC